GCGGAGGACCCCCCCCCCCUUUCUCUCUCCUCCAUAUUCUUUUCUUCACAUCUGAGGAAUUUCCUCCCCUCAAUUCGCACUAGUGUUCUUCUCGAGGUUUUGGAUGCAUAAUCUGUUUGGAGCUGGAUAUCAUCAAAUCCGUCGAGUGAAACAAAACUGAAAGUUGACAAUGAAAAAUUAGGUUCAUCAUGAUUUAUUUGGGCAAUUUACUUGUAUGGUUGCUGACAAGCUCCCAUGGUUAUGACCCAUUUGUUUUUGGGUGGUUGGUCACUGGAUUAUUUGGGCUUCUAGCUGCCAUAUAUGCAUUUCUUAAGUGGCAAAAAAGAACAUCUCUUGAAUGGGUUAAAGCUGCUGCAAAAGCAAAGAAAAAAGUCAGGAAGAAUCUAAAAGUUCCUCUAUCACACCAUUUGUGGAUGGAAGAUUUUGCUUAUGGUGAACAGCCAUCCACGUGCUGCGUCUGCUUGACUUCAUUAUUUCCUCAAAACUUAGGUACAAAGGACUCAUCACUUACUCCUGUCCAUCGUUGCUCUGUUUGUGGUGUGGCAGCUCAUUUCUAUUGUUCUCAGUCCGCAGUAAAGGAUUGUAAGUGUGUGGCACAAGCUGGCCAUAACCAUGUUCGACACCACUGGUCAGAAAGAUGGGUUACUAUGGAUGAUAAUCCUGAGAUUUCUGCGUUUUGUCUUUUCUGUGAUGAACCUUGUGGUGUUCCUUUUCUUGAUGCAUCUCCUACAUGGCAUUGCCUAUGGUGUCAGCGCCUCAUGCAUGUCAAAUGUCAUGCUAAAAUGGCUAAAGAAUCUGGUGAUGUUUGUGAUCUGGGCCCUCUUAAGGGAAUUAUUCUUUCUCCACUCUUUGUCAAAGAAGUUGAUAAAAAUAACACUGGAGGUGGAAUGCUUAGUUCAAUUACAAAGGAAAUUUUAUCUUCCUCUGUCCGUGGCCAGAUUAGAAGGAAGCACUAUAGUAAACAUGGAAGUGGUUCUUAUGUUAAUGGUAAGUUUCAAGAUCUCUUGGUGGCUGAUACAGCUGUGAAUUAUGUGUUUAAUGGCCUUGCUGGCUCAAAGAGAUCAAGUGGUGAUUUGAGUAUUGACUACCUAAAGAAGAAUGGCAAAGCACUUGGUGCAAAGAGCAUCCAUAAUGGGUUAAUACGAAGAAAAAAUGGAAUGAACUCCUAUUGUCAAGUUAAGAUGUAUGCACUGGUUGAUCUUCCUCAGGAUGCUAGACCUCUUCUGGUUUUCAUAAAUGCCAGGAGUGGAUGUCAACAUGGGCCCACUCUUCGGAGGAGACUGAACAUGCUAUUAAACCCUCUGCAGAUUUUUGAAUUGAGUGCCUCUCAGGGCCCCGAGGUGGGUUUGGAUUUGUUCAGUGACAUAAAAUAUUUUAGGGUUUUGGUUUGUGGUGGAGAUGGCACCGUUGCAUGGGUCCUUGAUGCGAUUGAGAAGUACAAUUUUGAAUCACCUCCACCAGUUGCUAUUCUUCCACUCGGUACAGGAAAUGAUUUGUCAAGGGUACUGCAAUGGGGUAGCGGUUUCUCUACAGUUGAUAGACAAGGUGGCUUGACCACACUUUUGCAUGACGUUAAUCAUGCUGCAGUAACAAUGCUAGACCGCUGGAAAAUAAAUAUUAAAGAAGAAAACCCAGAAGGCAAUCUUAAUAAAUUGCAAUCCACAUUCAUGAUGAACUAUUUAGGUAUUGGAUGUGAUGCAAAGGUUGCAUAUGAAUUUCAUGUUACUCGGGAGAUAAAUCCCGAAAAGUUCUAUAGUCAGUUUGUGAAUAAAUUGCGAUAUGCCAAAGAAGGAGCAAGGGACAUAAUGGAUAGAACUUGUGCUGAUUUACCAUGGCAAGUUUGGCUUGAAGUUGAUGGGAAGGACAUUGAAAUUCCAAAGGAUUCUGAGGGUUUGAUUGUGCUCAACAUUAGCAGCUAUAUGGGUGGUGUAGAUCUUUGGCAAAAUGACUAUGAGCAUGAUAAUGAUUUUAGUCUGCAAUCCAUGCAUGAUAAAUUGCUUGAGGUUGUAUGUGUUUCUGGAGCAUGGCAGCUAGGCAAACUUCAGGUUGGACUUUCCCAAGCCAGAAAACUAGCUCAAGGCCAAGUCAUAAGAAUACAUUCUUCGAGUCCUUUUCCAGUUCAAAUAGACGGGGAGCCAUUCAUCAAACAACCUGGCAGCUUAGAAAUAUCACCCCAUGGGCAGGUGUUCAUGUUACGGAGGGCCUCUGAGCCCAGAGGGCAUGCAGCUGCAAUUAUGAUGGAGGUGUUACUUGAUGCUGAGUGUAGGGGCAUCAUCAAUGCUUCUCAGAAGAAAGUACUUCUCCAGCAGAUGGCCCUCCAUCUCUCUUGAUCUUUAUCUCUGUACACCCCGCCUUUCUCUUUGUUCCUCACAUCUGAUCCGGCUAAAAUAAUUCUCUCCCCCCCCCCCCCUUUUGAGACAGAAUAGGUUGCGCCAAUACACUGCCUUUUUAGCGGUUACCCCUUUUUGUAGGAUUGGUACUUGAAUACCAGAGAGAGAGAGAGAGAGAAGUUUUGGAUGAGGAUUUACAUUACAGAAAGUGUUAAAAUAUACUGAUAUUUAAUUGUUUUCCACUGAAAAAAAAAAAAAGUAAGAUGUUUCUGACUUCCAAUCCCAUCGUUCAACAAUCAAGUUUGUAUUAUGCAUUA